UUAAAACCCGGAAGUUCAAGGUCGUAGUAAUGGCCGCUCCCAUGAAAUUUAUUGCGAAAGUUGUGUUUACAUAGUAAUUUCGCGCUUUCUGAUUUUAACGAGUUAUAUUUCAUGGAUUUAGAUUCUGUUUCUUCAUUAUCGGCUGUUUGAGUAAAGAGCCUUAUUGAUAAAAGACAAUGUCACGAGCUCCAAACGACAAUAAUUUGACAACUUACAAACUUGUAGUUGUGGGAGAUGGAGGUGUUGGUAAAAGUGCACUCACCAUACAGUUCUUUCAGAAAAUGUUUGUUGUUGAUUAUGAUCCAACAAUUGAAGACUCAUACAUUCAACACACGGAGAUAGAUGGGGAGUGGUGUAUCUUAGAUGUACUGGACACAGCAGGCCAGGAAGAAUUUGGUGCAAUGAGAGAACAGUACAUGCGUAAGGGAGAUGGCUUUAUGCUAGUUUACUCAGUUACAGAUCCAGCAAGUUAUGAAAAUAUGCGGAGCUUUCAUACACAGAUACUUAGAGUUAAAGACAAAGAUGCAUACCCUAUGCUGCUUGUAGCUAACAAAAUAGAUUUAGUACAGCAGAGAAAAGUGUCAGAAGAACAAGGAAGAUCUCUUGCAGCUCAUUUAAAGCUUCCAUAUAUAGAAACAAGUGCUAAAGAUCCACCAGUGAAUGUAGACUUGGCCUUUCAUGAUGUUGUGAGAGUUAUAAGACAGCAACCAAAAGAAUUCAAGAAACAGCUCAAAACCCACAAAGGCAAAAGACGGAGAUGUACAAUAUUAUAACAGGUGUUAUAAAAGAAAGCUGUAUUGAAGAACUGUUUAUUUACCUGGAAGAUGUCCCUAUAUGCUCUUCCUGGCUUAAAAGAACAGUUUGGUGAUGAAGUCAUUUAAGUGCCAUUGUUUGAAAGACCUAGAAAAAGUAGUGUUUAGUCAUAUAGUACAUUGUUUUCAAUGGCGUACAUUUUUCUUGUUUAGAUUUCAGAAAUAGCAUUUAAUUUGAUGACUCAGGUUGUUGUAUUAUUGUUUUGUAUUUGCAAAAAAAUAAUUGUUAUUUUGUGAUACCUUAAAUCCUGGAUAUUUGUAUUUGUUUUAACCCUCUUGUCAAAGAAAUUUACUUAUUUUUCUGUCAUUACUUUCUAUAGAAUUUUUAUGAGGAACAGAAAAAAUCUUGUUCAAGUUUGUGCUAAAAUGUUUACUUGUAUAAUUUUUAAGCCAAAAAAUUUCAUCUACGAAAGAGAGUUAUUGCAUAUAGGUCUUACAAAUUUAAUCUUAUAAGUACUUUUUACAUUUGAAAAAUAUUUCCUUUUUAGUUUAAGCAAUAAGAUUUGUGGUUGAUGUCACUUUGCUUAAUUUUGCAAGAAAGUAAACCGUCAAUUAUGUCUUAGAAGAAUUACAACCUUACCAUGCAAGUUUUGUAGUACUUUAUAUACAUGAUGUUUACUGUAAGUGCCUGAUGUUGUCAUGGUUGCCCAGGAAACUACUGUAUAUUGUACAUUAACUUACCAACCCUAUUACAAGUAGAGAAACUGAUAGCGAACAGCAGGGAUCAUGACCAGUCUGCGCGAAUGCGCAGGCUGGUCUGGAACCAUGCUGGUCUCAAACGCACUAUGUUGGUUCUGGUGUGACACGGCUCAAAUGAAACAGUGAACACAAGAACAAGUUAUUGCAAUUUUCCACUUAAACAUCUCUGUGAUCAUCUUUCUUCAGUAAAGUAGGGAAACUUUUACCUGUCCCUGUAGUCUCUUCAUGCUAAUAAAAUUAUUAUAGUUGAUUUUUAUUUGUACAUUGUAUUACAGUAGUAGAAAUUGAAUGAAUAAGAAUUUCAGUCUGAACAAUUUUACCUGUACCAAAACUUGAUAUAUUGGUUGAUGGAAUAAGGAAUUCAGUUGGAAAUUGUUUAUACCUGUACUUAAAUCUUGUAAUAU